AUGUGGUCAGGGCAUUCCGGUUAUCCGACCAGUAACAAUCAGAGUGGUACUAACGGCGCCCCACUUCACUUCCCAAACCCUAAUCAUCGUGUUCAUCCUCCCAAUCCACCUGUACACAACCCUACGUAUGCUGUCCCACCGCCGUUUCCUUCGCACGGUUCCCAGCUGGCACCCAGAGGCUUUGGACCACCACCACCAGUAUCAAGAGAUAACUAUCCUGGACACCACCAUAAUAGUGGUCAUCCAGGUCACUUUACUGGCAACUAUCCGCCCCCUCAAGGUCCUCCCACCCAUUACGCACUGCCGCCUGGCCUUCCACCCUCAUCAUAUGGUGCACCCCUCGCGCCUCCUCCGGGUAGGCAAGGCCCUCCACAACACCUGCCACCCCCAGGUCCUCCUGGUAAUUAUCCACCGCCGCCUGGACCCCCUCGUGGUUACGGUCCACCUCCUCCCCAAGUGAGCGGUGGCUACGCAUAUGCUCCUCCAAGCGGACCUCCACAGCGGCCACCCUAUGAUCAGCAGUUUUAUGGCCCUCAAAUGCAAGGACCCAAUCAGAUGCAGCAAUCCUCUUUCCAAUAUUCUCAGUGUAACGGCAAGAAGAAAGCCUUAUGUAUUGGAAUCAAUUACCUCGGCCAGUCAGAAGAAUUACAUGGCUGCAUUAAUGAUGCAAAUAAUAUCAAGCGUUUCUUGGCUACUCAGUUUGGGUAUAAGGAGGAGGAUAUGGUCAUACUCACUGACGAUGCGAGAGACCAACGCCAACUUCCUACUCAGCAAAACAUAUUACGCGCAAUGGAAUGGCUCGUUCGCGAUGCCCGCCCUCAUGACUCGCUCUUCUUCCAUUAUUCCGGGCACGGAGGACAGACGGAGGACCUCGAUGGCGAUGAAGAAGAUGGAUAUGAUGAAGUCAUUUACCCAGUUGAUUUCAAAGAGAAUGGUCAUAUUGUUGAUGAUUUGAUGCACGACAUCAUGGUGAAGCGGCUUCCUCCGGGUUGUCGUCUCACCGCUAUCUUCGAUUCCUGCCACUCUGGGUCAGCUCUGGAUCUCCCAUUCGUCUAUUCCACGGAAGGCAAGAUCAAAGAACCAAAUCUCGCUGCAGAGGCCGGCCAAAGUCUAAUGUCCGCUGUGACUUCAUACGCUCGCGGCGACAUGAGCGGCGUGUACAGCUCCGUUACAGGAUUGAUCAAAACUGCCAGAGUAGAUAAACACAAAGCCGAGACGAUCUGUAUGACUACAAAGACGAGUCCUGCCGACUGCAUUUCAUGGAGUGGCUGCAAGGAUUCACAGACCAGCUCGGACACAGAAGAAGCGGGAAGAGCCACAGGCGCUAUGAGCUAUGCUUUCAUCAAGGCACUCAGGGACAACCCGCAACAAAGUUAUCAGCAGCUGCUGAAUUCCAUCCGUGAUAUUUUAAGGGCAAAGUACAGUCAGAAACCACAGCUAUCUAGUUCUCACCCGAUGGUCAGUAUCUUUUUCUACGAGCUCCUCAGUCUCUUACCACCUACCAUACAGGACACAAACAUACUUUUCAUAGCCUGA